CCCCAAUCCCCGCCGCCCCGCCCCCCCGCCAGGAGCAGCAAUGUCGGUGCAGGUGGCAGCCCCUGGAAGCGCGGGGCUGGGCCCAGAGCGCCUGAGCCCCGAGGAGCUGGUGCGGCAGACCCGACAGGUGGUGCAGGGGUUGGAGGCCCUGCGGGCCGAGCACCAUGGCCUGGCCAGGCACCUGGCUGAGGCCCUGGCGGGACAGGGCCUGGUGGCCGGCUUGGAGCUGCUGGAAGAAAAGCAGCAGGUGGUGAGCCACGCGCUGGAGGCCAUCGAGCUGGGACUGGGUGAGGCCCAGGUGCUGCUGGCCCUGUCGGCGCACGUGGGCUCGCUGGAGGCCGAGAAGCAGCGGCUGCGAGCACAGGCCCGGCGGCUGGCCCAGGAGAACUCGUGGCUGCGGGAGGAGCUGGAGGAGACGCAGCGGCGGCUCCGGGCCAGUGAGGAGGCCGUGGCCCAACUGGAGGAGGAGAAGAGCCACCUGGAGUUCCUGGGGCAGCUGCGGCAGUAUGACCUGCCCGCAGAGACCCAGCGGCCUGAAUCCCCCCCUCGCCGAGACAGCCUGGCCUCCCUGUUCCCCAGUGAGGAGGAAGAGAGGAAAGGCCCCGAGGCAGUGGGAGCUGCCGCGGCUCAGCAGGGGGGCUACGAGAUCCCGGCCCGCCUUCGGACCCUGCACAACCUUGUGAUCCAGUACGCGGGCCAGGGCCGCUACGAGGUUGCCGUACCGCUGUGCCGUCAGGCCCUGGAGGACCUGGAGCGGAGCUCAGGCCACUGCCACCCCGACGUGGCCACCAUGCUCAACAUCCUGGCGCUGGUGUACCGAGACCAGAACAAGUACAAGGAGGCCACAGACCUUCUCCACGAUGCCCUGCAGAUCCGGGAGCAGACGCUAGGCCCUGAGCACCCUGCGGUGGCCGCCACCCUCAACAACCUGGCGGUGCUCUAUGGGAAGCGGGGGCGGUACCGGGAGGCAGAGCCCCUGUGCCAGCGAGCCCUGGAGAUCCGGGAGAAGGUCCUGGGCAGUGACCACCCGGACGUGGCCAAACAGCUCAACAACCUGGCCUUGCUCUGCCAGAACCAGGGAAAGUUUGAGGAGGUGGAGCAGCACUAUGCCCGAGCCCUGAGCAUUUAUGAGGCCCUGGGAGGGCCCAACGACCCAAACGUGGCCAAGACCAAGAACAACCUGGCCUCGGCCUACCUGAAACAGAACAAGUACCAGCAAGCAGAAGAGCUGUACCGAGAGAUCCUGAGCCGCGAGGACCUGCCUGCCCCUCUGGGAGCCCCCAACCCAGGCACAGCUGGUGAUGCAGAACAGACCCUUCGUCGGAGCAGCUCCUUCUCCAAGAUCCGGGAAUCGCUAAGGCGUGGAAGUGAGAAGCUGGUGUCUCGUCUCCGAGGCGAGGGGGUGGCAGGCGCAGCCGGGAUGAAGAGAGCCCUGUCACUCAACAUGCUGGAUGUGGAUGCUCCAAAGGCUGCUGGGCCCCAGUUCCCCAAUCAGCACCCGAGCGAGGCCUCGCGGACCCUCAGCACCAGCACCCAGGACCUGGGCCCCCGCUGA